AUGGCGCUCCCUGCAAGGCCAAGGGCGCGGCUCCUGCUCGCGGCAAUCGCCGGCGCCGUCGCCCUCCUGCUGCCGGGCGCCGCCGAGGCCCGCGUCCUGCUCUCGCUCGACGACUUCGGCGCCGUCGGGGACGGCAUUGCCAACGACACGCAGGCAUUCGUCGACGCGUGGGAGGCGGCGUGCGCCACCGGCGGCAACACCUACCUCAACGUCCCCGCCGGCAAGUCCUACCAGAUCUGGCCCGUCACGCUCGCCGGCCCCUGCCGCGGCGAGAUCAACCUCAUGAUUUCCGGGAACAUCAUCGCGCCGGAGAGCCCGGAGGAGUGGGCGGACGGGGACCAGGGCCGGUGGCUCCACUUCUCCGGCGUGGGGGACCUGUCGCUCAGCGGCGGCGGCAUCGUCGACGGCCGGGGCCAGCAGUGGUGGGCGGGGGCUUGCGAGGACGAGAACUGCACCUCGUACCGCCAGCACCAGGUCGCCCCCAUGGCGCUCCACUUCGAGGACUGCCAGGACGUGAGCGUCAAGGGCCUCACGCUGCAGAACAGCCAGCGGCAGCACCUCGUCUUCACCCGCUGCUACAACGUCGAGGCCAACUACCUCCGGGUCACCUCGCCGGAGUACAGCCCCGGCACCGCCGGCGUCCUCGUCGUCAGCUCCACCAACGUCCACAUCAAGGAUGAUCUCUUCUCCGUCGGUGGCGACUGCGUGUCGAUUGUGGGCAAUUGCUCGGAUGUCCGGCUCAGAGCCAUCUCCUGCGGGCCUGGCCUCGGCAUCAGCAUUGGGGGCUUGGGCGAGAACCAGAGUAAUCACAAGAUAGAGAAGAUCAAGACGGACACCAUGUUCAUCUCCAACACCAAGAACGGCGUCCGCGUCAAGACCUACGAGGACGGCUGCGGGUUCGCGCGCAAGGUGAAGUUCGCGCAGAUCAUGAUGAGGAACGUGGCCAACCCCAUCGUCAUCGACCAGCACUACUCCGCCUCCAACCGGGGAACUCGCUGCGGCGCCCCGAACGGGAGCGCGGUGGCGGUGGAGAACAUCAACUACAUCGACAUCACCGGCACGUCGGCGACGGAGCAGGCGGUGACGUUCGCGUGCAGCGACGCCAUGCCGUGCAGGCGCCUGUAUCUGGACGGGGUGAACCUGACGACGGCCGGCGGGGGCAGCACGUCCGCGUUCUGCCACCAGGCGUUCGGGAAGCACGUCGGGGACGUCCUCCCGGAGUCGUGCCUCGGCAAGGAGGACUUCGUGCAGCUGCAAGCCCCGACCGCCGGAGACGCUCAAGACGAAGAAGAUGCUGCUGAUUGGUGA